AUGUCCAAGUGCAACGCAAGCUUUCCUGCACUUUGCCCCAAGGAGGGAUGGGUGACAGCGAGCAAUGUCGGCAUGUGCAUGAAGACUUUGAAGGAUUGCACCGACAACAACAGCACCCUCGUCACCCUUUACUCUGAGCGACAGUCUAGCUGCAAUGCCAGUCAGCGCUACUGCGACGAGAUUGGAUGUGUUCCCCUGAGUGUUCAGUGUCCUGCUGUCUCCACUCGCUGCUCUUCCGACAGGCCCUACCGUUGCCCCAACCUUGAGUGCAACUCUGCUCCUGACUUCUGUGGAAACACUUCCUACUGCCCUGCAGACAAGCCAGUGCUGUGCAUGGACGGACUUUCUUGCGCUGCGAACCUUUCUUCGUGCGCGCAGCGUGUCUUCUGGGAUGGAUGUGGCGCUGGAUUGGUGCAGUGCUCGCAGCUCGAUGGUGUGUGUGCAUCCUCGGCAGCCGAGUGUGCGAAUCUCACCGGUUGCCCAACUGGUCAGAAGGUGUGCGGAGUGCUGAGGGAUGCGAACAACACGGUUGAACUGAACGAGCAAGGGCUGCCCAUGCACAUCUGCAAGACCGAUUGCUCAAGCCCUCCUCCAAAGCGCAUGGAGCAGCCAGAGCAUCACGAGUCCGACAGCUCGCACGAUCACGAGAUCGAAGUGCGAGGGCGCGACAAUGAGUAUCAUGGUGGCAUGCGAGUUCGCAAAGGGUCUCACAAGCGCAUGCGGGGACGUGACCGUAGGAGCUACUCGGAUGCAGCUGUGAACUUCACCUUCUCCAACCCCCCCGACUCAGUCGUUCAGUACGGAGCCUUCAGACAUCACCAUUCGGAGAGGCGCUUGAGGGGAAGGCCGCUGAACAUCAACCCCUCGGCUGAGAUCGAAGUGACUUCGGGGUUGGAGGUACACAUGCCCGUCCACGAGGACAGCAUCAAGGACGCGAACUCUUGUCAGCUCGCCGCCUCGUCCCUCGCCAUCUACUCAGCUCGUGACGCCACCAAUGAGAACGAGGUUCCCGAGUACGUGCAGUCUUGCGAGUCCCAGUACGUCAAUGGCGUCUGCGUGUGCAUGGUCAACGUCACUCACUUCAGCACCUUCGCUGUCUCCAUCUCGCCCGGUGCAGUUCCCGCAGCUCCUUCCUCUGCCCUUGCCAGCACUACCUACAGCCCAACUGGCAGCCCCGCUGGAGCUGCGGCAUCGCCCAGCACUGUGACUGGGGCCAAUGCCCCCAAGGCUUCUCCUGCCUCGCGGGUGGUUACCAAUGGUCUUAUGAUUGUUGUGCUGGUGAUGAGCAGCUUGUUGUUGAUUCGUUAA